GGCUUUUUUUUUGUUCCACCAGAGCAUCUCUCUCCUUCUGCUCUCCCUCUUUCUACACCGCCCACUCCUUCCCAACCAUUGAUCCGACCACUCACCGCCGCGUCCCCGGCUUCUUCGCCUCAUUACAUCGCCUGCUGCGCUUUUCUGCAUUUUUUUAGGCAGAAGAAACCGCACAUUUUGGACGAAAAGAAGAAGAAGAAAAAAUAAUAGAUCACCACCAUGGCGAGCACCGAGGAUAAAGCGACCAACAAGGAGAACGCGUCCAGCUGGAAGGACUCCUUCUACAACCCGAGGACCGGGGAGGUGCUGGGUCGCACGGCCAGCAGCUGGGCCCUCAUCCUGUUGUUCUACUUGGUUUUCUACUGUUUCUUGGCCGGUAUGUUCGCCCUGACGAUGUGGGUGCUGCUGCUCACUCUGGAUGACAAUGUGCCGAGGUACAGAGACCGAGUUCCACAUCCAGGCUUGAUGAUUCGUCCAAAUUCACUGGACAUCACAUUCAACAAAUCCGACCCGCUCAAGUAUUCUCAGUACGUCCAACACCUGGAGUCCUUCCUGCAAAGAUAUAAUGAUACAGAGCAGGAGAAGAACGAGGACUGCGCUCAGGGAGAGUACUUUCUGCAGGACGAUACCGAGGAAAUGACAAAGAAAGCUUGUCGCUUCAAGAGAGGAUCCCUCAGUUUCUGCUCUGGCCUUUCUGACAUCAACUUUGGAUAUUCUGAGGGAAAACCCUGCGUGCUAGUGAAAAUGAACAGGAUCAUUGGGCUGAAGCCCCGCGGCGAUCCCUAUAUCAACUGCACAGUAAAAAAGGACAACCCAAUUCAAAUGCAAUAUUUCCCAAGUGAGGGGCGCAUUGAUAAGAUGUAUUUCCCCUACUAUGGCAAGAGAGCUCAUGAGAAUUACGUGCAGCCUCUGGUGGCUGUGAAGCUGCUGCUCACCAAGGAGGACUACAACAAGGAGCUGUCAGUGGAGUGCAGGGUAGAGGGCUCUGACAUCCGCAACGACGAUGAAAGAGAUAAGUUCCUGGGCCGCGUCACCUUCAGGAUCAAGGUGGUCGAGUAAAAGAGAUGACAGAAACCUGGUGCAGAGGCUGCCCACGUGUACUAAGGAUUUAUGUUUAAAGAUUUAAAAAAUAAAUAAAAAAGGAAGGAAGGAAGUGUCAAAUACGUCACAAAGACUGCAUUUUGGGAUGUGGCCAAAACAUUUUAAUGCAGAUUAGUUUGGCUUCCAGUAGAAGAGCCAGUUACAGAAAUCGAAUGUUGCUUUGCUGACAUUUCUGACCCUUCUUUCCUUGAUGAUUCCUUUGCUGACCUCCUCAAAGAUCCCCAGAACAAGACACAGGCUCUGCUCCUGACCAUCCAUCCAUCCUUUCAUUCAUUCACCUGUUGCACUCUUCAUUCUUCACUUCAGUUCAUUUUAUUUUAUUUUUUUUUAAUUUUUUUUAGUAUUGAUGUGAUUAGGUAACUUAUAGCCAUUGCAACCAAGCCAUUUGGAGCUAUUGUGUAGUUGCUGAUACAAUUUUUUUAAAUGUUUUUUAGAUUUUCCUGCUGUCAGGAAGAGAGUGUUGUUUCCAUCCCUCCAAACUGUAUGGACGACUGUAUUAUCGCUGAUGUUGAGAGGAUUUUUAUCUUGCUGUAUAGUGUAAUUGAGAAAGUAGAACAUUUCCAACACAUCUCCAGAGUAUUCACAUUAUCACAUCACAAAGACUUCAUAGGAACGUACCUUGAUAAUCAAGUAUAGCCACUGUAUCCCUGUAUAUGAAAUGCCAAUUACAAAGUCCCUUUCUACAUAUAAAUACAUUGUGAUCCUUACCAUAUUUAGGGAAUUAUAGAUAGAUCUUUGUGUUGUGGUCUGCGUAGCCACAACCCAGUCUUGUGCCGUCUGUCUGUCUGUCUGCAUGUCCGUCUGUCUGUCUGCCCGUCUUCCUGUUUACUCACCUCUCCACUGCAAUAGCCAACAUGUGGGUGGGCCCUCCGGGAUUGGAUACGUUGUCUCGCUUCACCUCGCCGGGUGCUGCGUGUUGAUGGUGGCUGAGGUGACACACACACACACACACACACACACACACAGACACACACACACACAGAAGGUACAGUGUUGAAAUUGUUUUCAAGGCGGAGAGGUGCUGGAAAAGCGUUGCAAAAAUAAAGAAGUUCACUGUAACUAUGUACUGUAUAUCUUUACGUGAUCUGUAUAUCUAUCUGGGUCUCAAAGAUUGUUUGUUAGAUUUCUCUCUUCUUCAGCCUGUUGAUCUGAUUGUCUGCCAAUCUAUUACUCUUCAAUGUAUAUAUAUAUACACUAUCUACCAUAUUUACUUAAUUCACAUUGUAUUUUUGUCACAAAACACAAUGUCUGUGCACUGUAAAGAAAUAAUUUAAGCAAAGAUUUACAGGAAAUGAUCUUAUUCAAAGCUAUGUUUACACAGUCUUAAAAGGAACCCGCAUUUGAAAGAACAACUUGUAACAUCUCUUCAGGGUGCCUUAAGACCUGAUGAAAUAAAUUGUGGAAUA